AAGCUCGUCGGUUGUUAGUACCGUUUCUUCCGAGUCUCAUCUAUCCACCUACACUGCUCGUACAGGCUCUCAUCGUAAAAAUUCUUUGGCUGCAGCACGGACGUAUCAUGGACGAACUCGCUCAGGCCCGUGCUGAGUUAGCACGACUGCAAUCUACCGAGCGGAUGCUUUUCAAAGACCCCCUAGCUGUCCGCGUGGCUGUUGAGACCCAGAGUCGUAAAAUCAGCGAACUGGCUAAUACUCAACCCUCUCAGAUCAAACGUCUUCCUGUCGAGCUCCUCACAAGGACAUUCAGCUUCCUGCUGGCACGCGGCCGCGAAGACCCAUAUAUAUUCUUUCACUGCUUGCCCUUGUGGAGGAAUGAUUUAGCUGGGGUUUCGAGACUCUGGAGAGAUUUAAUCCUCGAUACUCCCAGUUUCUGGAGUGAUAUCGGAUUGAUCUAUGAAUCCAACUCGAAGUCAUUGAUGACGCAGCUGAAGAGGAGCCGUGAAUAUCCUCUUGAUAUCACGAUUCUAGACCCACGUGAUUUCACUCUGGACGCAUUAUUGAACGUUCUCAUCCCCAGCGCAAAUCGUUGGCGUAGCCUGCACGUCGGAUGUCUUGAUCCGAGCGACCUGGACACUAUCAUGAACAAGUUCUGUCGUCUGGAAUUUCCAUGCCUCGAAGAUGUUUCUGUGGGAGAUCAUCAACGGUGUGUCUCACUCGCACGCGUCCCUGCUGUCAGGGGUCGGGAUACAAGACAGGUGGAUGUGUUCAAGCGUAUCGCGGCACUUAGUCCCACUCUGACGACGCUCCGCCUGUCGAUCAAGGGCGAAGGAAAUAUUCAUGAUCAGUCAUUCUUCAAACGUAUCCCCACCCAAUCGUUAACUAUGCUCACAUUCACUUGCCGCGACCGUUGGGUUCUCAAGCCAAACAGUCUCCACUUCCCGCUUCUCGAAAGGCUCGUGAUAGAUACUUUGAAUCCCCAUGAUUUCAUGAAUGCCAUUGUAACGCCCAAGCUCCAGCAUUUUGACUACUGUCACCCCCGUGGCUCUAUCAUUGGCCCAUUCGGAUUAAAAUUUAGCCAUGUCCCCUAUCUUACUCUCAAGGUCACGGAUAAGGACGAUUUUUCUGACAUGGAAAAUUCCUCAGAAGCACACAUGCUCUGCGAGGCUUUUCCUAGAGUGCGUCAUGCAAUCCUGCGUGCGAAUGACAUAGACCCCUUGUUCAUCGCUAUGUCUCCUUACGAUAACCUGGGAUCGCAAACCCCAGUAGACAGCUGGGAAAGCCUCGAACAAUUGUCGAUAAUUAUCCAUCAUAAUGAUAGGUAUUGGGAAGUCGACACUCUUGCCGAAUGGCUCACAAAGCGCCAGAAAUUGGGGCGACCAUCACUGCAUGUGCAGUUGGUGGGUUUGCAAACUAAUAGUUUGGAGAUAAAACCAUUUUCCCGCAUUUACAAACGGCUGCGAAAUUGCUGUACCUUGGAUUUAUUGGGCGUGCGGUUGCGCCAACGGCGGCACACAAUCAACCACUCGUUUGAUUCUUACUUUUCGUUGACCACAGAUAGCGAUUCCUUAUAUAUAAGGGUGGGUAACCAUGCGGACAGGGUCGUUCUGAACAACUGGCGGGGGGUGUCGCUAGAAAAUAUGGAUGUUUCCUGGCCCCCGAAUGGACGACCAUCUUUGUCGGAGUCUGACAUGUUGUGCUCCAACCCCCAAGAACAAGCCUUCCUGGAUGAUGCUGAUAGCGAUUGCGAUUCUGAUUAUUCCACCCAGAUGUCCCUCCGCUCGUCCAGCAGAGAGCGCCACGAGCUCAUAUGCAUCCGGAGACGUUUCGACUUCCAUGCAAUCCUCUUCCCCAGAACCGUCGCAAGCCCCCGAUAUAGACGUAGCCAGUGAUCUCAUGAAGCUGUUACUGAUACUUGCAUCUCCGUAGUUGAGCUAGCAACUCACAAUUCGUCGUCAC